GUCAUGACUACAUGUGAAGCAUUAGAUCGAUGUCAUAGGCGUUGUAGGCGAGUAAGGAGCUUGGUAUUUAAAAUGGCCAUCUGUUGGUUUUGUUCUUUGUGUUUACGUUCUUCUUCAUAAUCUCCAAGUUCUACGAAUACAAACAUCUUGAUCUUCUCCAGAACCCAAGUACCUGCACUUACACCACUACACUCAAAAUGGCCGACAACAACAACCAGCAGCCCGGUCUCAUCGGCAGCCACGCCCAAUACGUCAAGGGAGCCGCAGAGGCUACCAUUGGCGCCAUUACUGGCUCUCAAUCAUGGAAGGCCUCUGGUGAACAGGACAAGGCAGCAGGUCUUGCCGAUCUGAAGAAGGCUGGUGAACUUCGAGCACAGAACGACCCGAACCACGAGAAGGGAUACGGAAAGGUCGAAGAGGUCGCCGGUAGGCUCACCGGCUGCCAGGGUAUGGAGCGAGAAGGCCACGAAAGCGCUGCUCCUAAGCAGGAAUAAAUGGACUUCAAUGAUUGAUGAGUGUACGAUAGAACUAGCAUUGCGAUAAGUCGAGCUGGUUGACUCGGCUGAUAAUACUGAACUCUUCAUAAGAUUAGGG